AUGCAUUUGUUUUCGACCAAUGACGGAUUUACUUUCCGAAAACAGUGUACUCAGGAUACUUGCUAUAUUCAUAUGGAGAAUUUUUGGGUCAAUUAUCUCCUACUCCUGAAAAAUACAGCUUUUGAGGCUUUGGAGAAUGCCAGUAUUUUGUGGGACUUUAUAGUGCACACCCUUGAUAGACUUCAAAUAAACUUAUUUUUGUUUAUGAUAUUUAAUUACAAGGUCACAAUCAAAAACGUUUCGACCUCUGAGCCCAAAAAAUGCAUGAGAGAAAUCAUGGCAUGUAUUCAACAUGCAACUGCUCCUCAGUAA